AGUUCAUCAUGGUCUCUCCUCUUGGAUUUCUGAGCCUCUUUUCAGUAAUGGCAGCGAAAAGUUACGCUCUCUCGUGCACAAGUUGUUAUUCAAACUCUCCCACUACAUGCUCAGGUAAUAGCGUGACUUGUUCUUCUGGUUUUCAGUGUGGAUCGAGAUAUCAAGAGUACACCAUUGGUGGAGCAUCUUCUACAGGUUUCAUCAGGGGAUGUUUUCCUGAAUCUCAAUGUAACUUCCAGGGAAAUGUCGACAUGAAUGGAGUUAAAUUAAGGAUAGCCUAUACUUGCUGCUCUACUGACGACUGCACUCCUCCUGUUCCUAUAUUAUUAUCCAGCAGUUCUGAGACCAAUGGCCUGGUGUGUCCAUCAUGCCGGUCUGAUUUUUUCUCCACGUGUGACUCUUCAGUAACCGUAACUUGUACUGGUAAUAAUAAUAAAUGUCUUUUCAUGACAGAAAAUAUAACAGCAGGAGAAGGCUCAGAGUUAUCAGUCACUAAGGGAUGUGCAACAGAAAGCUACUGUGUCCUUGGGGACUACUCCUAUACUAUUGAAGGUGUAACAACCAACAUUACCAUAGUCUGCUCCAGUGACCAGACUACAGCCGCUACUCCAACCAGUAUCCAGACUACAGCCGCUACUCCAACCCGUGUCCAGACUACAGCUGUUAAUCCAAUCUGCUUCAAUUGAGGCAUAAGUGUCCAGAAAAUUGUCCUGACUCCGGCCGUUGUGUGUCUUCUACUGCUGAAAUGGCUUUUCUUGAAGAUUUACAG